GACGACACUGACGCCCGUCCGUACCGUCAGCACAGCUGGGAGAACAUCGUCGUGUGGAUCGAUAACCCUGCCGUCGAGAGUCCGACAGUCCUCGGGGUGUCGGUCUCGCAAGGCGGUGGAUACGCUCGAUACGCCCCGCCGUAUAAACGUAACAUGGACGGCGACAGUCCCAAGAUCAAGUACUACCUGGAUCCUGAAGCGAAGGAUUACCACUGGUUGGAAGUCGCCUUCUUCCACGGCGACUUCCAGGACCUCAUCAUGUGGAGCCAACUGACUGAAGAAGCCCGCACUGCUCUUCAAGGAAAGAACUUCGGGAAUGCGUGGGUGGGUGCCUUUCAGUGA